UGCAUUCCAAUCGCGAUCCAAAUGGCCAAUUUGACCGAGUUAACGUGCAGAAGUGACGGUCUGUGAUUAAUGAUAUUUGUGUGAAAUUUUUUACAGACGGAAUACGAAAUGGACCCCCAAGCAAACAGAAGGUUUUCGCUAGCCCUCCCGGUUUCCCUGGCUCCGAAACAACGGAGGAUGUCGGUCAGAAGCUUCUACUGGGUCAUGGUCAAUCCUAUGAUCGAGGAGGGUGAUCGCGGCCCAGAGAUGACCGCGUCCCUCGGCGACAGUGGGGGUGAUGGUGGCAACCAUGACGCCAGCCACAAUCACUCUGAUGUAUACACCGUGUCCGUCACUGGUGCCUACGACAACAAAGGCUUCAAAGGCGACGGCAACAAUGGCGACCCAAAGAAACCACCCCGCGAAAUCACGGACGAAGAAGCGUCCCAGCAAGGGAAAUUCAAAAUGUCCACCAAGGAGAAAUGGAGAAUACUGAAGAACGUCUCGGCCAUAUCGUGUGCAUUCAUGAUCCAGUUCACAGCCUUCCAAGGCACAGCUAACCUACAAAGUAGUAUAAACGCCAAGGACGGUCUCGGCACAGUUUCCCUCAGUGCAGUAUACGCGGCAUUAGUAGUUAGUUGCAUAUUCGUGCCAACUUUCCUCAUAAAAAAACUCACCGUUAAAUGGACCUUGUGCUUUUCCCUGCUGAUGUACGCGCCUUACAUCGGCGCCCAGUUUUUCCCCAGGUUUUACACACUCGUACCUGCUGGAAUUCUCCUCGGUGUAGGCGCUGCCCCCAUGUGGGCUUCCAAGGCAACUUAUCUCACACAGGUAGCAGGCGUAUAUGCUAAACUCACGGACCAAGCUGUAGACGGUAUCAUAGUGAGAUUCUUUGGAUUCUUCUUUCUGGCUUGGCAGACGGCAGAGCUGUGGGGCAAUCUCAUUUCUUCUCUUGUUUUGAGCAACCCCCAUGGUGGAGGAGGCAGUCACAGCAACACUACAACAACAAAUUUCGAUGUAUGUGGUGCCAAUUUUUGUGUUAGUACCCUGAAUAGUAACGAGAACCUUUCAAGACCUGACGAUCAGGAAAUUUAUGAAAUUUCCUCGAUAUAUUUGGGAUGUAUUAUCGUGGCAGCUAUUUUAAUAGCUCUUGUUGUCGAUCCACUCUCAAGGUAUGGUGAAAAACAAGGUCGAAGAAACAGCACAGUCGAACUCACCCCUAUCCAGCUUCUCUCUGCCACGGCCUACCAGCUCAAGAAACCUUACCAGCAACUUCUGAUUCCCAUUACCGUAUGGAUAGGCAUGGAGCAAGCUUUCAUCGGGGCAGACUUCACCCAAGCCUACGUUUCGUGUGCUUUGGGUAUUCCAUCAGUAGGCUACGUAAUGAUAUGUUUCGGAUGCGUCAACGCUGUCUGCAGUCUCUUAUUCGGAUCAAUCAUGAAAUACAUCGGAAGGGCACCCAUCAUGGGUCUAGGUGUGCUAGUACAUACUGGACUGCAGAUAUGGAUGUUGCUUUGGAGGCCGCACCCCGAUACUCCCUUCAAGUUCUUCGUAGCCGCAGGGCUAUGGGGAGUUGGAGAUGCAGUGUGGCAGACUCAAGUCAAUGGACUCUAUGGUACUCUGUUCCGACGUAACAAAGAAGCGGCCUUCUCUAACUAUCGUCUCUGGGAGAGUGUUGGUUUCGUAAUAGCUUACGCUUACAGCACACACCUCUGCGCUAGGAUGAAGCUAUACGUCCAACUCGCCAUGCUGCUGUGCGGGUUCCUGCUUUACGUCGCCGUGGAAAUCCACCAUCUACACAAAAUCCGCAAGCAGAAGGAGAAGGAGAAGAGGGCGGCCGAAGCAGAAAGGAACAAAGUCGUAAUGCCGCCAGAACCAGAAGAAACUGACGACGAAAAGGAUGACAUCGAUGAUGAGAUUAUCGUAACACAUUUAUGAGUUGUAGGCAUUCUAACUGACCCUCGAUGAGUUUGGAUACGCAGUCUUCUAGAAGAAAGGGACCAGUACCGAUAAUAUUACGACAUUUUUAUUGAAAUGCAGUAGUAUUUAGAUCAGUUUUUGCCAAUAUCAUACAGGUCGAGCACUAUCCACAGUGUAUAUAAUAUUUUAUCUGAAUUAUUUUACUUAGACUAUUCAGUAUGUGUGUAGGUACGUGAUAUUUAAAAGCAUCAUUGAUCAAAAAAGUUAUUGUAGAUAAAUCAAACCUUUCCAUUUAUUAUUUUUUUCUUCGAUGUGCCUUCAAUUGGCAGAUGAGAUAGUUCACUAAAACUGAGGAGAAAGUGAAACAAACAGUAUUACGUAGCAAAAGAGAGUGAAUAUUAUAAGUGCAAAUGUAGGAACUAACAGAAAAGUUUUUAAUUCGGCAUCAGUUGGAAAAAAUCAAAACAAAUUUUUGUGUCCAGGUAAAUACAACUUUUGUUAAAAUUUUAUUUACGAAUUAUUGAAAAACAAAGAGUGAUCUCAAUAUCCGUUCAAAAUAAUUCACUUGAAGAGAAAGCUGACGAAAACAAAGUUUUUAUAAUAAAUCAGAAAACAUUCAACCAUUCAAAAUUGAUUCCGAAUGUUUAUUCACGAUUGUACGGAUUUAAAUCUUAAUCAGAAUUCAAAAGUUUUCAGCCAUACAGCCAUGAAAAUUUAAGAAAAACUCAUUUUUCAUCAAACUGAAUAUCUGCAUAGAAAUCAAUAUUCAGGUUUGAAUUCAAUUACUCGUAAUUUCAAUUACUCUUUUUUGUGUGAUUUCUUUAUUUUCUAGGUAUAUUGCCAAAAGUUUUAUGAACAAUGAAAAAUUGAACACAUCUUGGAAAUCAGAGUACUUACCUCUGACAAAAUUUCUCCUCUAGAUCAAUUUAUUCAUACUCGUAUACUCAGUUUUGCAACUCGAGUUCGUGGACAUACGGUUCAUCGGGAUUUCAAUGGAGAUUUUCAAAGAAAUCCUGGUAAUAUUCUGUAGAUACAAUUUUGUGUGUCUUUAAAUUAGUUUUACAAUCAUUCAGAUUUUAAUUAACAUUUAUUUAUUUUCUACACCAUCAAAGUCCACGAUCUCCUUCAACUUCAUUUUAAGACAUUUUGAAAAUGUUCCAAAAUCCGAAGCAUGUCCAAAUUUCAUCAUUUGGCCCUGCUUCAGAUUAACACGACUUGUGUUAUACAUAAUUUAUAUCAUUUUAUUUUCCUGAUUUUUUCAGAUGGAAAUGUACAGUAAUUAUGCAUAUUUAGUUCAGAUGUUUGUUAGUAGGUUGUAUAAUAUAGGAAUUUAAGUACUCAAAUUGUGAAUUCCUCAGUAUUCCACAAGCAAUACUGCAGUAAUAAAUUAUUUUAAGUUAU